CUAGAAGCUUCUUAGAAGAAUCGAUUUCAAAACCAGCUACUGUAUAUAUUUCGUUGGCAAAGCAACCGUUCUUUAGGAAAUCAAUUUAUUGAAUUCAUUAAGCAUUUUAAUUGCAAAAGCAAGGGAAUAAUAACGUUUGAAUUUGAUUAAUUCAUUCUUUAUACAGCAUCGAAGACAUUACAAAGAGACGAAUCACUUUUACACAAGAAAAAUAAGUUAAUUCUCCGAAAAUGAGCACAUUUGCCUACUUUAAAAUUAGCAUUGACAAGAAGGUCCAACCAACUGUCUAUUUUGAGUUGUUCGAAAACGUAGUCCCGAAAACUGCUAAAAACUUUGCCUCGCUUUGUGAUGGGUUUGAAAGAGACGGUCGUACGCUUACUUAUAAGGGCUCUCGUUUUCACCGUGUCAUAAAGCAAUUUAUGCUUCAAGGUGGUGACUUUACGCGUGGUAAUGGAACUGGUGGAGAAAGCAUAUAUGGAGAAAAAUUUGAAGAUGAAAACUUUGAAUUAAAACACGAUAAGCCCUUUUUGUUGUCGAUGGCAAAUGCAGGACCGAACACUAAUGGGUCUCAAUUCUUCAUCACUACUGUUUCUACUCCCCACUUGGACGGUCGACAUGUAGUCUUUGGUCGCGUUGUUGGUGGAAAGUCUACAGUUCGUGCUAUCGAAAAUUUGGACACUAACAAUGAUGACCCUGUUGUCCCAGUUGUCAUUGAAGAGUGCGGUACUUGUAGCAAAGAUCAGAUUGAACCCCCUCAAGCCGAUGUUACAGGUGAUGCUCUUGAGGAAUACCCAGAUGACUAUGAGGGAGACAAAUCCGAGACUUCUAUUUUUAAAAUUGCUACCGAUUUGAAAAAAAUUGGCAAUACUCAGUUUGCUCAACAAAACCUGGAUUUGGCUGUUGCCAAAUGGCAGAAGGCUUUGCGUUAUCUUGCUGAACACCCUGUUCGUAAUGAUGACUCUCAGCAACCUGAUGAGUUUUGGAAGGAAUAUUUCAGUCUGAAGUAUAGUCUUUAUCUUAAUUUGGCUCUUAUUGCUUUGAAGCAAAAUAAUGCCAAGGAGGCUAUCCGCAAUUCCGAUAUUGUUGUUAAUGCCGAUGGUUCUAGUGUAUUAGAAAAACAAAAGGCUUACUACCGCCUUGGAUGCGCCCAUAGCAUUUUGAAGAAUUAUACUGAAGCUGAAGGAUUCUUGUUAAAAGCUGGAAAUGAUGCCGGUGUCACGAAGAAACUUGCUGAAGUUCGUCAACAAAAGCAAGAUUACAAGAAGCGUCAACAAAAGGCAUUUUCUAAGAUGUUCCAGUAAAUUUGGAUCGAUAUAAAAACGAAAUAAUGUCUGGAGUUGAAGGCUAGUUAUGGUUUAUGUUUAAUUUUGGUUUUGUUUUUUUUUUCUUUCUCUUUACGCUAGAUGAUAUUUGAAUAAAUAGGAUG